UCUAUAAAAUAAAAGUUUUAUGAUCCAAACGAAAUUCUAACCUAUCUUUUUAACGUAAAGUGUAUGAAAUCCCGGAAAGCCAGAGAUAAGGUUUAAAACGGAACGCGAAUAAAAUCAUGUACACAGAUAACAAAAUCAACGAAAUCCAAUUAGAAAAAGGAAAGAAACGAAAAUCGCUUUGGGCGUGUAUUUAAUGACCUCGUUGAGGAAAUAAACCGGUAAAUUAGAAAGUAUCACCACUUUCAUCUUCAUCACACACCACAUUCAUUCUUCAUCGCAUUGUGAUCCAAAGAAACAUGUGAUAUUAGUGCUGAUAUACAGAAAAAGAAGUACACGAUGACCCAAGAAAAACUCAACCCCACUGUUUACGUCGUUUUCAUAUCCUUAUUACUAGAUUUACUCGCAUUUACAAUGAUUUUGCCGCUUCUACCCUCUUUAUUGGAUCAUUACAAAGCCAAAGACACCAUCGGAUUAUAUUCUUGGCUAUCAAAACAAAUAGUUGUCUUUCAAGAACUCGUCGGAGCACCGGAACGCUUUAACUCAGUUUUAUUUGGAGGAUUUCUUGGAUCUAUGUUUAGUUUUUUACAAUUUGUUGCUGCCCCUAUUGUUGGGGGGAUUUCUGAUGUUAUUGGAAGAAGAAAAGUUAUGAUUACUUGUUUGGUCGGAGUGUUAUUCUCAUAUAUUUUGUGGGCUUUAUCAUCGAAUUUUGCUAUUUUUGUGUUUGCAAGAUUUAUUGGGGGUAUUAGCAAAGGAAAUGUGUCCUUAAGUAUGGCUAUUAUCACUGAUAUAUCUACUAUGAAAACGAGAGGGAUUGGGAUGGCUCUUAUUGGAAUUGCAUUUUCUUUGGGGUUUAUAAUCGGUCCUGUUAUUGGUGCUUUAUUUGCUGUUUGGGCAAAAUCCAAAACUGGGGAUUGGUACAUUUUACCAGCGUUAUUCGCAGUCUUCUUAGCGCUCAGUGAUCUUGUUUUCUUUAUUUUAUUUUUUAAAGAAACUUUGCCAAAGGAGAAACGCGCAAAUAGUAUAAAAGAAAGCUUAAAAAACGCAACAGCUUUAAUUAAUUUAAAACAACUUUUCGAUUUUACACCCGUUACGGGAUUAAAUGAGCAAGAUUUCAGGAAAUUAAAACUCCUAGGGAUCGUUUACUUCGUUUAUUUGUUCAUUUACAGCGGAUUAGAAUUUACUUUAACGUUUUUAACUCAUCACGUCUUCCAUUACACCUCAACUCAACAAGGAAUGAUGUUUUUCUCUAUUGGUUUAAUCAUGGCGUUGAUUCAAGGCGGAUAUGUUCGCAAAUUACCGAGUAAUAAGACCAAGAAAACUGCUGUUAACGGGUUAUGGUUAAUUAUACCUUCAUUUAUAUGCGUUGGAUUAGCGUCGUCAAUCCAUCUUCUAUAUUUAGGGUUAUUUUUGUUUGCUGUUUCCACAGCUCUUGUCGUCCCAUGUUUAAUGACGAUGGCUUCUGAAUAUGGCUCAGUGCAACAAAAAGGGACUGUAAUGGGUAUAUUUCGAUCCCUGGGGGCUUUAGCGAGAGCCUUAGGACCAAUACUUGCGAGUGUAUCAUUUUGGAGUGUUGGUUCUACAAUUACUUAUCUCACCGGCGCAGUAUUUUUGCUUUGGCCUGUAUUGAAGCUGAAAAAAUAUUAGCAAAUUUUGUUUAAAAUAAGAAAUGAUCUAUUCUAACAAAACUAGUCUGUUUUUAUAUGAUGUAUUAUUAAAACAGUAUAAUAAUAGGUUAAGACAAAAUCACAUUAAGUUGUCUUAAGCAUAAGAAAUAAAUUAUUUAUAUAUU